AUGGAUCCGUAUCAAUUACUGUCAUGGAAAGUUGCUGCCGCGACGCUUGCUGUCUAUUGUGGCAGCGUAGCUUUCUAUCGCCUCUUCUUUCACCCUCUAUCAAAAUUCCCCGGUACCAAAUUGGCCGCCAUCACUCGCUGGUAUGAAGCCUACUACGACCUGAUCCUCGAAGGACAAUAUACUUUCAAAAUCGCGGAGAUGCACAAAACGUAUGGACCUAUCGUUCGUAUCAGCCCGUAUGAACUUCACGUUCUCGAUCAUGCCUUCUAUGAGAAGCUUUAUGGCCUGCACGACGGCCGAAAUAAAUAUGAAUGGGCGUGUAAAGGAUUCAUUGCUCCUGGUGCUACAAUCUGCACCUCUGUGGAUGCACUCCAUCAAGCUCGCCGAUCACCGCUCAAUCACUUCUUCAGCAAGACCAAAGUGGCGGCUCGACAAGACGUUGUGAUCCGUAAUGUCGAAAAGCUCUGUACCGCACUUAUGCAUCGCGCUGGGAGUACCAUCAAUUUGGGAGCUGCUGCAGGUGCCCUUGUGCAGGACGUACAAUGUGAUUUCAUUCUCAAUAAAGCGUAUGGAAGUCUAGAAAAAGACGAUUUCAACGUUGCGGUAGCGGAUAUGUGCCAGAGCGUGGGUUUCCUUCGGCGAUUCUCGAAACAUUUUCCCCGGUUGGGGUCAGCGUUGAAGGCGAUUCCUCUGAAUACGGUAUCGAAAGUGGCCAAUGAUGACGCUAGGGUCUUCUUCCAGUUUCUACAGGAAAUUGACAAAGACACCGAAAGACUUCUCAAUGCAGCCUCCUCCUCCUCCUGCUGCUCCACCGAAGAAGACACACCCCGUACCGUCGUCCACGAGAUCGCCGACUCGGAUCUCGCUCCUGCCGACAAGUCUUUGCCACGCGUUCUCAAUGAAGUCCAGACCAUCGUAGGUGCUGGUUUGGAGACGGUUUCCGGCGUACUGAGAUUGAUGCUAUAUCACGUUUUCAGCAACGCCGAGAUCCUGCAACGUCUGCGUGCUGAGCUCCAAACAGUCAAUAACAUAUCAUCUUCUGACGAUCUCAUGGACUUGAAAAAGCUAGAGCAGUUGCCGUACUUGACGUCCAUUAUUAUGGAAGCCUUACGAAUGAGUCCGGCGAUCGGAUCGCGCAUGGCCCGCGUCGUUCCUGAUGAAGACCUCGUCUACGGAGACUGGAACAUUUCGGCCGGAACACCUGUCGGAAUGACAACCAUUCUGAUGCAUUUUGACGAAACGCUGUACCCGGAUCCAUACAGCUUUAAUCCUGAUCGUUGGAUGGACGUUGAGAAGCGGAAGAAGUUUGCUAAGAUCUAUGCUCCGUUCUCGAGAGGAUCGAGGAUUUGCGCGAGCAUGUAUCUUGCAUGGGCCGAUUUGUACAUCACUCUUGCCGCCCUUGCUCCUCGUUUCAACUUCAAAUUCCAAGAUAUUCAGUCUUCGGACUUCCACAUGGUGAGAGAUGAGUUCAUCAUCGGGACAAAAGCUAAAUCACUGCUUAAAUGCCGUGUGAGCCUGUUUGAGACUUGA